AUGGCCGGUCGAACACAGCAAGCCAGCGUCCAGUCACCAGAAGCCACCGAUUCGACAAUGAACUGUGAGGUUCUGGUCGUCGGGGCUGGACCCGUGGGCCUCUUGACGAUGCUUCUCCUGGCCAAAGCAGGCAUAGACGUCGUCCUCGUGGAGGCCCUGCCGGAUGUCGACAACUCGCCGCGCGCCAUGGCCUAUGGUCCUGCGGCCGUUAUCGAGCUCGAACGGGCUGGCGUGGCCGCUGAUGCGCGUUCCAUCGGCAUGGACGAAGAAGACCACAAUCUCCGCCUUAGAUGGAUCAACGUCGAUAACCAAGUCAUCGGCGAGUUUCGUCCCGAGGACAGGAUCCCCGGAUCGUUUGACCCUGUCAUAUGCGGCCAGUUUGAACUGGCCAAAAUCUUGAAGCGGCAUGCCACUGGAUAUCCGAAUGCACGGAUACUUUUUGAACACUCGAUCACCGACAUUACAGAGGCUCGCGACGGACACUCGGUCACCGCCACAGUAGCGACCCCGACCGGCACCAGGACAAUCUCAGCACAGUACCUAGCAGGCUGCGACGGCGGACGUUCGACCGUCCGGAAACUGCUCGGCUUAUCCUAUGACGGCUUCACUAUCCCACAGUGGCUGGUGGCGUGUAAUGUGCGCUACCCGUUUGAACAGCAUGGCUAUAAGCGGUCGCAAUUCAUCGUCGACCCGGACCACUUCUGCCUGAUCGGUCGGAUUGACCCCAGUGGAUUGUGGCGGGUGUCGUACGCCGAAAGGGAAGAUCUCACGCGGGAGGAAGUGCUGGCGAACGUCCACGCCAAGUUUGCAGCCAUCUUCCCACGCGGCCCCAAGCCGCUGUCCAAAGACGACUAUCAGAUCGAGAUGGUCAGUCCGUACCGCAUUCACCAACGCUCCGCACCUUCGUAUCGCAAAGGCCGGUCCUUACUGGCAGGAGACGCCGCACAUGCGUGUGCGCCAUUCGGAGGAAUGGGCCUCACGACUGGAAUCUGCGACGCCGCCGGCCUAGCCGACACCCUCAUCGGCGUCCUCCGCCAUCUCGACCGCGACAACCCGAACCAUCCAAGCCCAGACGUGCUUCUCGACAAGUACGCCGACAUCCGACGACAAAAGUACCACGACGUCACGCACAAAGUCAGCUACGGCAACACGUGCCGGUUGCGGGAGUGCUCCCCUGACCCCGAGAAGGCGGUCCAGGAGGACGAGUUCUUCAGGACGAUCAACAGUGGAUCCGACGCCAGGAGGAAGCUCUUGGAGUCCGCAUAUAUCCUUGGGUGA